AUGGGGAAGCCCGAAAGCCCAGUAGGGAUGGCGGAGAUUGCUGGCCGGUCAGGGCAGAAGCACCGACGCUUCCUGGAGGGGGGGCUGCUGCUGCUGCUGCUCCUGGUGACGGGCGCCCUGGUGGCCCUGGGCUUCCUCUACGCCAACAGCAGAGGGAGGCAGCUGCCGCUCUUUACUGGCUGGCUUCGCUUCUCAAAGGAAGAGAAGACCAUUGUAGAACGAAAACCCCGAGCCAUCAGACGGCCCAAGGAGAUGAGCGAAGUCUGCACCACCCCCGGUUGCGUGAUGGCUGCCGCCAGGAUCCUCCAGAACAUGGACCCGUCCAGGGAGCCGUGUGACGACUUCUACCAGUAUGCAUGCGGGGGCUGGCUGCGGCGCCACGUCAUCCCCGAGACCAACUCCCGCUACAGCGUCUUUGACAUCCUUCGCGAUGAGCUGGAGGUCAUCCUCAAAGGGGUGCUGGAGAAUUCCACCACCAAGGACCGGCCAGCCGUGCAGAAGGCCAAGACGCUGUACCGCUCCUGCAUGAACGAGAGCAUCAUAGAGAAGCGAGACUCUCAGCCCCUGCUGGACAUCUUAGAGGUGGUGGGCGGCUGGCCGGUGGCCAUGGACAAGUGGAAUGACACCAUCGGCCCCGGAUGGGAGCUGGAGCAGCAGCUGGCCGUGAUGAACACGCAGUUCAACAGGCGUGUCCUCAUCGACCUCUUCAUCUGGAACGACGACCAGAACUCCAGCCGCCACAUCAUCUACAUCGACCAGCCCACCUUGGGCAUGCCGUCCCGGGAGUACUAUUUCAAGGAGGGCAGCAACCGGAAGGUGCGGGAAGCCUACCUGCAGUUCAUGGUGUCGGUGGCCACGAUGCUGCGGGCGGACAUGAACCUCCCCGAGAACGGCCACCUGGUGUGGCAGGACAUGCUGCUGGUGCUGGAGCUGGAGACGAAGCUGGCGAAUGCCACGGCCCCCCAGGAGGAGAGGCACGACGUCACCGCCCUGUACCACAGGAUGGGCCUGGAGGAGCUCCAGAGCCAGUUUGGCCUGAAGGGAUUUAACUGGACUGUCUUCAUACAAUCUGUGCUGUCCUCUGUCAAAAUCAAGCUGCUGCCAGAUGAAGAAGUGGUGGUCUACGGCAUCCCCUACCUCCAACAUCUUGAAGACAUCAUUGACAUCUACUCAGCCAGGACCCUGCAGAACUACCUGGUCUGGCGCCUGGUGCUGGACCGCAUCAGCAGCCUAAGCCAGCGAUUCAAGGAUGCACGCGCAAACUACCGCAAGGCGCUGUACGGCACGACAGUGGAGGAGGUGCGCUGGCGGGAGUGUGUCAGCUACGUCAACAGCAACAUGGAGAGCGCCGUGGGCUCCCUCUACGUCAAGGAGGCUUUCCCCGGAGACAGCAAGAACAUGGUCAGAGAGCUCAUCGACAAGGUGCGGGCAGUCUUCGUGGAGACCCUGAAUGAGCUGGGCUGGAUGGACGAGGCGUCCAGGAAGAAGGCCAAGGAGAAGGCCAUGAGCAUGCGGGAGCAGAUUGGGUACCCCGACUACCUCCUGCAGGAGAGGAACAAGCACCUGGACGAGGAGUAUUCCAAUCUGAACUUCUCGGAGGACCUGUACUUUGAGAACGGUCUGCAGAACCUCAAGGCCAGCGCCCAGCGGAGCCUGAAGAAGCUUCGGGAGAAGGUGGACCAGAACCUCUGGAUCAUCGGGGCCGCCGUGGUUAACGCGUUCUACUCCCCAAACCGAAACCAGAUUGUGUUCCCCGCUGGGAUCCUCCAGCCUCCCUUCUUCAGCAAGGAGCAGCCACAGGCCUUGAACUUCGGGGGCAUUGGAAUGGUGAUUGGGCACGAGAUCACCCACGGCUUUGACGACAAUGGGCGGAACUUCGACAAGAAUGGCAACAUGCUGGAUUGGUGGAGUAACUUCUCGGCCCAGCACUUCCGGGAGCAGUCAGAGUGCAUGAUCUACCAGUACGGGAACUACACCUGGGACCUGGCGGACGAGCAGAAUGUGAACGGGUUCAGCACACUCGGGGAGAACAUCGCCGACAACGGAGGGGUGCGGCAGGCGUACAAGGCUUACCUAAAGUGGAUAGCAGAGGGCGGCAAGGAUCAGCAGCUGCCAGGACUGGAUCUGACCUACGACCAGCUGUUCUUCAUCAACUACGCCCAGGUGUGGUGCGGGUCCUACCGGCCGGAGUUCGCCGUGCAGUCCAUCAAGACUGACGUCCACAGUCCCCUGAAGUACAGGGUGCUGGGCUCGCUGCAGAACCUGGCCGCCUUCGCGGACGCGUUCCACUGCGUCCGGGGCACCCCCAUGCACCCCCAGGAGCGAUGCCGCGUCUGGUAGCCAAGGCUGAGCCGCGCUGC